UUUGGGAAUUAUAUAUACUGAAAGGAGAAAGAAAGGAAUUGAAGCUUCAUUACGUGCAGGGCCGCAGGGCAAAAGGGCAUUAUAUUGCAUGCUAUUUCAUUUCAGCUCGACGAGUACUGAUCCGUAGUCAUGGCGGCGGCGGAGGCGGAGGCAAGGACGGCGACAAAAGGAGGAGGAGAUGUUUCACCGUCGUCGUCCGUUAAGGAUUACAGGUGCAACGCGGUUGUCAGCUCACCCAGAGCUCAGAAGGCGGCCGCGAUGAUGGAGUGUGAUUCUCCGGUGGCUGCCACCAGAGAUGUGGCAAUGCCGGAAAAUGUUGCGGCGGCGCCGGAGAAGGAAGUGGCGGGGAGGGUUUUGGUGCCGCCGGAAAAAUGGGGGCAGGAGGGUUUGCUUAGGGAAUGGAUGGAUUAUUCUUCAUUUGAUGCUUGUUUGGCUCCGAAGGGAUUGUUGUCGGCUCGAGAAGAUCUAAUCUCGCAAGCCAAACGAGUUUGUUCAACCGUUUUCAAGUCUCAAUAAACCUAAUGUGACUAUGAUAUACCUUAAAUGCUAAUUUUCCCGAUUAUAUUAUAGCCUUGCAUUUACAUGUACAAGCUAAGUAUUUGUUCUUGUGUAAUGGCUUGUAUGCACAUAGCUUAUGACUUGUCAUU